AUGUCUGAGUUACUGGUUUCAUCGACAUUUAUUGUCGAACAAUCGGCCGUAGUCGGUGAGUCAGAUGGCGCCCGAGGACGGACACCACCUACAAGUGAACAAGACGUAACCCAUAUUUAUGCAAUGGAUAGAACACCGGGCUUGCAAGCGACCGCAUGGAACGAUACGAGUAGAGAGCGCAGUGCCGUAUGUGAGGUUAGAAGCGUAUCACGUGACUUACCGGUCAGCUGUUCGCGCGAAGUAAACAUUGUAGGAUGGUUAGGGCGGCGCGCGAGCGAGGACGUGUGGCCAGGCACGGCGUCUCUGGGCGUCUGUCGGUCUGGCUACGGGGCGCGCGUCCCGUUUCCACAUCGAUUGCCGCCCUCGCGGCGCGCGCCGCCCGCCGAAUAA